CCGGAGCAGCUCGUUCACUUGUCCUCUUCGCUGCUUUGCGCCACCUCAUCCUCCUCCACAUCUUCAUCCUCCUCCACAUCUUCACCCUCCUCUUCCUCCGCUGCAUCACACCGGACCGUGGCUCCUCUCCUGCCGCAGAACAGCCUCGCACCGCUCGUCACCGUCUCCUUCGCUCCGGAGAGACUGCGGAUUUUUUGUUUUUUUUAUCCCUCAUCUCUUAUUUUUCUUUUUCUUCUUCUUCCAGUGGAUACGGGAGCUGCGCAGUCAGUCUCAGCCGCUGCUGGUUGUCAGAGCCGCGGGGAAAUAAAGAGCCUCCAUCCGUGCGUCGCUCCAGCUGCACCGGGCAGACUUGGGAAGAGCAACAGCCUCCACCGGCGCAUCAGUGAGGUAGAGAAGCACUACAUUAAACUGCAGCCAUGGAUGAGAUGGACCUGCCCCAGAUGAAGAAGGAGGUGGAGAGCCUCAAGUACCAGCUGGCCUUCAAGAGAGAGAAGUCCUCCAAAACAGUGACCGACUUGGUAAAGUGGAUAGAGGACGGCGUCCCGGAGGAUCCGUUUUUGAAUCCGGAGCUGAUGAAGAACAACCCGUGGGUGGAGAAAGGAAAAUGCAUCCUCCUCUAGAGCAGAGACCCCUCCCCCUGCCACGACCUCACAUCUUCAACCACGCUGACCAACACACGCCCACAGAUGACCCCCUGAACCCGACCCUCUCCG